GUGGUCACAUGAUCUGUUCGUGCAAGCAGAACCCCUCUCGCAGAAACCUUGUCAUCGAGCUCACAAAUCCUUCGAGCAACAACACAACAAAGCUUCUACAACCAACCACAACAGUAGUACCAUAAAUUUCAUCAUGACUCUCCAAGAAACCGUCUUGAAGCUCCUCACCACCAAAAAAGUCGACUUGGACAAAGUCCGCCGUCGUCGUCGCCGCCGCCGCCGUCGUGAAGCAGCCAAGCAACGAGCUGUGGAACGCUUCGAAGCAUGGGUCAUCGAGAAUUCCACCAACCCAAAGUAUGCCAAGAAGCGGGUGCUUCCUUCUCUGGACGAUGAUACAGAGUCCACCCAGCAGAUGUCCGGCCAUUUUCAAGAUGCUCAAGUCGUUGUCGACGAAAACACUCCUCCCUUUGUCGGCAAGGUCCAAGAGACAUGCACUCCAGUCCGCGUCAAGUCUCACUACGAGUGGUAUGAUCUCUAUUAAAAAGAGUAUUGAGGUCAUCAUCAGGGGACGACGAUUUUUAAACAAGGCUAGCUAAAAGGGGCGUUUGCCGGACGCAACCAACAUCGCGCGACGAGGAAUCCAACUUCAAGAACGCAACAUCUCGAGCCUCCUCCCUCCUUCCAUUUUUUCAGCUACAAACCAGCAAGGAGGAGCAAACAAAGCUGGGUUCGAGAAGCCCUCAUCGGGCUGGGAAAUAAAGAAACAAUUUAAAAAUGUAUUCUAAUACAACCAUACACUCAACUAAGUUACUCUCCACU